AAAUAUCAACAGGGAUUUCAAAGGCGUAAAUGACCGAAGAUAUCUGAGCGUGAAAUGUACAAGCGCGAAAAGUCGAAGGUUAUGUUUAUCGCAGAAGUCUAGGGCAGAGAUUGUUUUUGGCCGGACAUCACAGAAAAGUACUCCUGUAUUGAAAAAAUAAGGAGUACAUACUCCUGAUGUUGAAAAAUGAUCUGGAGCCCUGGUCUGUCUGUCAGGGGAGGUGCCAUGUGCUGAUGUCCUCCAAUAUGGCUACCACAGAGAUAGAAGGCUGGGUGCUGGACUAUGCAUGUAAAUACCAGCUCCAUGAAGCCAUUGCAGCCCUGGUGCAGAGACAUGGAGAGGAUCUAUCAUCGCUUGCCAUCCCCCAUGCCCGCCUGUCUGCCGCCACAAUCCACCGCAUCAUACACUGUCGUGAGCUGGAGGACUUCGAGACUGCCAUCCACCUGGCAGAACUACUGUACCAAACACUGGGGGAAGCCGUCCCCUUCAAGAUCUACUUCAGAUUGACUUAUGGUCUGAAGAUUAAGGUAUUAUUUGAUUACUUGAAGAAAGACUCCCAGUCUCCCCGUGUCCUGAACCUGAUGCUGAACAGAUACUUCCCUCGAUGUGGCAGUGCUGAUAUACAGAGGAACAUGUCCCGACUGCAGAUGAGGGUGAGCAACUUCAGGAAGUUCUUCCUCUCUCUCUGUCUGCAUGAGAACCAGAGGAAGAGCUUUCUGCAGGAUCAGUAUGACACUGAGUUUGGAGAGGAAUUUCUGUCUUCCCUGGAGAAACAUGUGGACAGAUUCCUGGAGGAAGUAGACAAAUGUCUUCCUCUCACAGUCCUGGACAAGAUUCUGAAGAAAGGUGUUGAGUCCGUCUGCUGUGGUGUACCGUCUAUGUCAGUCGAGAUGGACAUCCUGCUGGAAUGUUUGCUGAACAAGUCCGAACUCAAUGCCCUUGACCUACUGGAUCUCUUGACCCUCAUCCAUCCAAUGAGCACACAGGAUCAGAUCCGGCCCUGCUUACAACUCAGUCUAUGUUCAGAAGAAAGUUUCAGCUUGCAUGAUUCUCGGGCAGGAGGUGAUGUGUCAGACACCCAUGUCAGUGACCUGAAGACAGGAACAGACAGGUCAGCAAAACCUUUGCUGAACGGGCUUGACCUCACAGUCCCAGAUUUGAGUCAGUCGGUAACUGCAUCAGAAGAGUCUGUCUCAAUCCUCAGCAAGAGGUCGCCAGGUGUUUUGAAGUCCAGGGCCUGCAUGACAGCUGACCUCUCUGCCGACCCUCCUGCUGACCUGAACCCAUCUCAGGUCUGCAUUAUCUCCAGCAGCAGUGACAGAACCACACAGGGGUCACAGGUCACAGGGCAAGUCAUGGGUGUGUGUAAAACAUCAACGUCUGCCCCUGCCGGUCACAUUGUGAGAGGACCAGACAGUGACUCUGACAUUCAACUAUGGACAGACGAUUCAUUGGAGGAAUCAGUCAAUGCUGACUCGAGUUUGUCAGACAUCUGUGCCAGUGAAAUGAUCCCAUCUUCUAAUACUGAAGAACUAGAGGCACUGAGAUGGUUGUCAGCAGUGUCCUACCCAAGUCUCGGUCAAUAUCAGAAGAACAGUAGUGUCAAGCUGUGCGUGGUGAAACUGUACAGGGACAAGUGCAUGGAUGUUACUCAGCAUGGAGACAAGGUGACAAUGUACAGCUAACAGAUGCCAGGGUGACAAUUUACAGCUGAUAGACACCAGUGCCAAGGUGACAGUGUACAGCUAACAGAUGCCAGGGUGACAAUUUACAGCUGAUAGACACCAGUGCCAAGGUGACAGUGUACAGCUGAUAGACACCAGUGCCAAGGUGUCAAUGUACAGCUGAUAGACACCAGUGCCAAGGUGUCAAUGUACAGCUGAUAGACACCAGGUGUCAAUGUACAACUGAUAGACACCAGGUGCCAAUGUACAACUGAUAGACACUAGGUGUCAAUGUACAGCUGAUAGACACCAGGUGCCAAUGUACGACUGAUAGACACCAGGUGCCAAUGUACAACUGAUAGACACCAGGUGCCAAUGUACAGCUGAUAGACACCAGGUGCCAAUGUACAACUGAUAGACACCAGGUGCCAAUGUACGACUGAUAGACACCAGGUGCCAAUGUACAACUGAUAGACACCAGGUGCCAAUGUACAGAUGACAGGUGACAAUGUGCGGCUGAUAAACACCAGGAGCCAUAGUGACAAUGUACAGGCGAGAGACACCAGCAACCCAGUUCCAAAAAUCGUCAUCAUAAACCUGAUAUUGUUUAGGGGUUGGUUAUUUCUGUUGUUCUUAUACAGACACAUUAAACCAUAUUUAUAUAUUUGUAAAUUAUUCUAUUUGUAAUAAUUUUUUAUCAUGGUAAAUUCUGAAAUAGUUCAGAAUCACUGUUGUUGAUGCCAUACACAUCUCCACCACUAAUUGUAACUUGCAUGGACAAUCACCUGUGACCAGGUACCAGUGAAUGUGGAGUAACACAAAAUGUAUAGCAUAUUGUAUAAAUAUCUUUAUGAAAUUGAUAUAAACAUAAUGAAGACAGGAAGGCUCUCAGGAUUGUAGAUUGUAAUGUCGUUAUUGGCAGUUCAUUUUAAUCAUCUGUUUUAACAAUUCUAAUGUUCCAGUUUCCAACUUGUAUACUGUUCCUCAGUUGUACAGAUAAUGGAUACAGGACACUGUUUGAUGAGCUGUCAGCAAAAGUACAAUCAUCAUUACAUAUGUCGCAGUUGUUUGCAUGGACUGUAGCUCUGCUCAUCAUUUUUCAAGAACAUCAAAUAAAUGACAUGUUGAGGGC